CAUGGACGAAAAAAACGGAUGUAAAACAUAUUGUACUAUAUCUGCAGAGACUAAAAACAUAUUUAAACCUUUUUUAAAUUCAAAGAACACCUCUAAUCUUUUAGCGCUCUGUUAGAGCUUGCCACAACAGAGAAGGGUCCAUCACUAAUGCUCUUAGUCAAACCCUAGAGCUAAUAUGAAAGUAUAUUCAGUACUACAUCUUUUGAAUCCAUUAACAUGCAAGGAGUAGAGAAAGAAGAAGAUAAAAAAGAUCGGGGGCCAGGGACGGAUCCAGGAAAUUGACUCAAGGGGGGCGAAAUUUUUCGUUAGUGUAGAUGGCGAAAAAUUUUUCAUUAAUGUAGCGGCGCGAAUUUUUUUUCCAUAGUGUAGUGGGGCGAAUUUUUUCGGUGUUGUAGGGCUAUGCGGCUAUUUUAAUUCAAAAAAUGACAUUAAUACUGUUGAGGUUUAUUCCUUCAACCCGUGGACCCAACACGUAAGCCCAAAGGUUUCGAGUGGAGUGAAAUGUAUGGAUGUCUAGCCCAACAACUAUGAGAUGAAUCAGGAAACAAUAAUAAUAGCAGGCAAUGUAAAUAGGUAUUAUUAACUCCGUAAUAACUCCCCUAAGUACAAUCUACUUGCUAAACAAGGCACGUCGGCCGUUCGUCUUACAGGCAGUUAGAGAUGCUGCGAAUAAGAAUGCUCAAGCUAGUAUGCUAAGAAUAGAAAGUUGCCAACCCUUUACAAUGGAAUAAAUGCUUCUAUUUAUACCCGCCAAUGGGCAGGUGGCUGUAGUGACGUGGCAGCCUGUGGACCGCUGGUGUCCCAACUACCAAAUCUUUAGCAUUAAAUGCACUUCCCGCCAGAAUCUAGGUUUCCCGCUGGAUCAGUGGGGACGUUCGUCCAUCGGGAAGUGAGUUGGAUUGCUCCAAGGGACCCUUGGGAGAUAUCGGCUGUUCGUCUCCUGGCCUUGACAGAUACUCACCAUGUGGACUGGGUUUUCUCCGAUGACUACAGGCUUGCUAUGGGGACGUUCGUCGCCGUCCCUGGUGGCCCGUGGUUCUGCUCCUUAUCCCUGCACAGACGUUCGUCGGGAUGAGCUGCUGGGCCUGAGUCCCCCAACACCAGACGUUCGUCCAUCCUCAAGGAACAUGGGCCUGUGUGCUGGCCUAGUGAUCUAACUGGACGUUCGUCUGGCGAAAUGGGUUAGUGGGCCGGACCUCGGCUUGGGCCCUUAACCCAACACAAGUCCCCCACUUCUGAUGUUCUGAGCAUGCGCAGGACAUAAGGAAGUAUGAACCUCCCCGAAGUAGACGUCCGUAUCUUGGUACUUGUGUUUAUUGCACCUGGUGGAAGUGUACGUUCGUGGUCAUGAUGCUUGACAGCUGUUUGACGGUUCAGGAAACGAGGUGACGGCUGAUGUUGCGGCGGCGCGUUUUCCCGAGGAAGUGUCAUCAUUACGUUCCCAUCCCACGCACAGCGCGUGGGCCGGAAUACGCUCCCUGCCACGUGUCAGCCCCUCGUUGGUUUCUUCAUCGGUGCUUCUCCUAUAAAUGCUAGGUUUUCCCUCUGAAUUAGGGUUCCCAAUUUCUGCUUUCUUGCUCUCGAUUUUCCGCAGCUCUUCAAGUUUCCCAAAUUCGGCCAACCAUACCUUUGUAAGGUAAUUUCCCCCCUCUGCUUCUUUUCUUUAUUCUGAUUUCUAGCCGAAAUGACUUCGAUGGAGAUUUCCUCAAGUUCCGAUUCCAGUUCGUCGGGUUCCUCCUCGAGCUCCUCUUCUGACAAUGCGAAUGCACGCUCCCCGGGAAAAACUAGUGUUUCCGGAACCUCGGGUUCGGCCACGACUGUGGGGACCAUCCGGGCUGAUGGCGAGCCGGAUGACGUGUCCCAAGAUAGCGGGAGCGACGCCGAGGGCGGGGGCGCUGACGGGGCAGUAGAUGUUAUUGACGCAGUCCCCCUGAAUGAGCGUCCUGCUGAUUAUGAUUCCGGAGAGGAAGCCGAAUCUGGUUCUGAUGUGGAGGUGUAUGAUCUGGGCAUCCCCACGGAUAGGGAGCGCCACAUCUGCCCGAUCAGGAGUGCACUUGACCAUGACCAAGUCCUUUCCCGCGUGGCCCUCAAUAAAAUCCGUACCUUCCUCCCCCCGCCGUUCGUCUGGAGUGUGAGAGGUGCUGAGCAUGUGAUGAGGAGACGUCCGGGGAUGAUCAUGCUUCACCUGGACUCCGUUGAAGCCGGGCUGAGGUUUCCACUUCAUGCGUUCUAUGUGGAGUUCUUCCACUGCUUCCAGGUGGCCCCGGCGCAAUUCAUGCCAAAUUCUUACAGAUUCAUAUCGGCCUUCUUGGUGCGCUGCCAACUUGCGGGGGUCGAUGCCACUCUGGAGCUCUUCCAUUAUUUCUACCGCGUCACUCCUCAGAACGCCGACGGGUAUCUGAGCGUGGCCGCACGUCCUGGGAGGCGGCUGUUCAAGAACUACCCUUCGUCCAUCCACGACUGGAAGAACCGUUUUUUCUUCCUUCGAUACGACGGGCCUCCUCUCCCUCUCCGGUGGAAUGGGUACCCCCCAAAGAUCGAGUCAUCGGAGCCGUCCGACGAUCUGCUUCUGGAUGCGGAGAAGGUGUUGGAGGGUGGCGUCCGUCCUAUAGCCGGAUUCCUGACCUUCGAGGCACUCUCUGGGGCAGGCAUAGGUCCUCCGCCAGACAGGGAUCAAAUGAAUCACGCCGAGUGCCUGAAGACCAGGAAGGCCAAAGCGGCCGCCGCUAAAGCUGCGAUGGAGAAGGCCAAGAAUGCCCCCGCCUCGGCGUCCAACUCCUCGGCUUCUGACGCUGCCCGGCGAACUGCCGAGGGUGAGCAGCAUCUGAUUGCCACUGUGCUGGCUCAGGGUUCCGGGGCCCCUGCUCUCGAAGCCGCCCUUCCCCUGCCGGUCGUCCCC